CACUUUGAUACUUAUAAUACAGUGCUGCACUUGGAAAAACAAGGAUUGACUAGGCCACAAGCAGUGGCCUUGAUGAAAGGUAUAAAAUUUAAACUUCGAGAAAGUGUAGCGUUAACAGAGCAAAGUCUUUUACCUCAGUCUACUUUUGAUAACGAUUUGUAUUUAAUAAAAGCGGGAUUGUCUGAGUUAAAGACAGAAAUACAGAUGAUGAAGCAACAGGAUGUACAAGCAUUAAGGACCGACAGCGACCUUUUAAAGCGUGAGGUGGAGACAUUAGCACAGAGACUGAAUGAAAAUGUUGAGCUUAUGAAGAACGAUAUUACGUUGGAAUUGAAUAACAAGAAGAAUGAAGUAAGAAUGGAGCAACAAGAAAUUGAUAUCAAGAUUCAAGAGUUGAAUAACAAACUGACUAUAAAACUAAGUGAAGUCAAGAUGGGUUUGGAAUCUGUACGGUUAGAGACUAUC